CACGUACACAACUACCUUAACCAUGAUUCGGAGUUGAGGAAAUCAGGUCCAAAGUCAUGGCUCUGCCAGAGGAGGAUGAUGAUUCAGGACCAUUAUGUUGUUGUGAAUAUCUGAACGACAAAGGAGAGAAAGGCCAUCUGUUGGCACUUUGCUGUGACUGUCAAGAACUUGAUCAAAUCUGUGAUAGGCUCUUCAAAGGGAAAGCAAUCGAGAAAAGCAACCUCAUAAAGAUCUUCCAGGUUGGCUGCGAUCGAGUGCGUAUCCCAACAUGCUUUGGGGCUGGAGCCAGGAGACUUGAUCAGCUGAUGGAUACCACUGCUCUACCACCUUUUGUUAUUGUUCCUUUGUGGAUGUACGUCUCUUCUUGGCAUCUUAUUGCUACAAUGAUGUCCUUUUUAGUCGUGCCAAUAGCUGUUAUGAUGUACUAUCGUCUGGUCUUGCGGCACCGACGAAGAACUCAGUUCUUCAUGAGUUGGGGUCUCGUGUCCGUUUUCCUCAUCUACGGGACUUUUUACUUCUGUGUCGGUUCCAGCAUUGAAGUCAUUCAGUUCUCAGCUGUGACUGUGUUGUUUGUAUUCACGCUAAUGGCAUUUUUUGCCUCCAAGCAUGGCCCCGGCGUUGUGAAGAAACAAACGGGUGCGUCGUCAGCAACGAAAAACAUGUUCAAAGUCCUGCCAGAAUCGACAGCUGUUUCUGACGUCGCUGCCAGGGUGCAGAGAAAGAGGCACGCCUCUAAUGAGGGGGAUCUGAACAGUGUAGAAAAUGGGUGCCUGCGGCAGGAGACGACAGUCAUUGAGAUGAGCAAUGCCAUUGGUGGAGAACUGCAGGUGUGCAGUGAAGCAGCCAAUCAGGGAUUGGAUGACUGGUGUGACGUCUGUGGGCUGAUGAGACCGGAGCGAGCGGGCCACUGCCGGAUAUGUAGCCACUGCGUGCAUAGGUUGGAUCACCAUUGUGUCUGGAUUGACAGCUGUGUUGGUGCUGGCAACCAUCGUUCCUUCUUGCUGGCGGCUCUCCUCUUUGUGAUGGGAGGUCUGUGGGGAGGUUACCUGUCCCUGGACCAUCUCUGCUCCCUUCAGCUGCAUCAAAUGCCCGAUUGCUCUGCUGUGUACUCUGACAGAAGGACUGCUCUUGUGUUUGUCUCCGUCAUCUACACGCUGUUUGCUGUGAGCUGCGUUCUCGUGCUGCUCCUUCAGCAGUUCCAUCUGAUCACACACAACUGGACAUACCGGGAACGCAAGCUGGCGUCGCGCUCCCACAGAUGGGCAGAGGCGCUGGCGGAACGAGAUGCGGGGUUCAUCUCCAACUGGCGCGACUUCCUCCUCAUGAAGGUGGAGACUAAAGCUCCUGAUCGGGCCACCAAGUUGACCGUCUUGUGAUGAAGGUUUGAGUGCAUUGAUUAUGAUCUUGAUCCGCAUCGAAUUCCAUGCAGCGUCUGAGGCAGAGACUAGUCAGUAGAUUGGAGAAUAAAUGUCCGUAUUAAGAGGGUCGACAGAGAGCCAGCUACAAGCUGUGUAAUCAAAUGACGUUUAAGCUGGUAACCUGAACAGUAAGUAGAGCCAUCUUAUCAAGCAACAUACGUAUGUAAUCCUACCAGUUUCGUUUGAGGGUGAAAUGUCAAGCUUGUUAUGUUGUUUUCUAUCGCAGUGUUCUAUGUAUUUGUUCCCAAGAUCUUAAUGCUUGUAGGCCCUAUCCUUGGUGAUACAGCGAAACCAAAUUCCCUUGUGAUUGUCACUGAUCAACGCAUACAGUGGCUGGUCUACAAUGGGCAGUCCAGACACAGUGCGACCCGAUUUUGAGCUCUUGGGCUCUUUUCUCAAGUGAUGUGUAAAAUGAAAGUUUUCCUUCAUUUUAGUUGGCGUCAUCAGCCUUUACCACAUUUCGUUUCAAAGAAAAUGCUUAUGAAUUCUUUCACGGGGAGUAUAAAAGUACCCCCUCCGAGAGAAAAAUUCUUUUGACUUUAAUACCAAACAAUCCUGUUAAAAGUGGCAGGAAAUCUGAAGCAGAACUAGUCUUGAAUGGUUUAUAUUUUAUUUCGUGCCAUUUUCUUGAGUACCUUAAUCCUGUUCAUUUCUCACAAAGAUGACGAACACAGUUUGCACUGGGUGACAUUAAUUUACAAAAUGUGUACAGAGCAGAGAAUUUUAGAGUUUCUUUUUUUUCAUUCAAGCAACGCAACCGUUGAGACAACUCGACCGAUGGGACAACUCGACCGUUUACCAAGUCGUGCACGUAGACCUGGUACGGUGAAGCAACGUGCAGAGGACCGGUGGGUGGCGCAUCGAUGGGGUCAGUGUGGUAUGAGGCCGUGGCAGCAAUGUAGUAUGCACCGUGGUGUGGCACAGUUGCCUCCGCUGCACUGAUGAUCAGUUGCUAGUCUGCCGGUAUGGGAGACAGUAAAUCUGUCCCCCAGUCCUCCCUCUUUUGUGACUGAAAUGCAAGUACAACUUUUCUCAACCGAUGACUUGUCCCAACGGUUGAGUUGUCUGUCCAUUUGAGGCACUGAGGGUCUCGUUUUCCCACCGGUCCAGUUGUCUCAACGGACGACUUGUCUCAAUGGUCGACUUGUCUGUCCCUUUGACGCAGAGAUGGUUAAGUUGUCCCACUAGUCAUGUUGUCUCAACAGGCGAGUUGUCCUGAGUCAAGUUGGCAAACAGUCAAGCCGUCCAAGCCCCGGAUAAACUUUAUU